AUGGCAGCCCCCAAAGGCGUCGCCCAAGGCAGUGACUUCCGUACAACAUGGCCGCCUACAGAGAGCGCGCCGCACCCGCUCCCGCCCGGCCACCGGAAGUUUCCAUUUGAAACCCUGGCGGCAGACGCGGUCGGCGGUACGGCAGUUGCUGCCGAGCAUUUUUUGAACCAGAGUGACGAGGCCUGGGGGCCGCAGCGGCAGGCGCCUGGAGCCCGACCGUGCCGCCUCGUUACUAUGACCAGCGUAGUUAAGACAGUGUACACCCUGCAGCCCCCCUCUGUGCUGAGCAGCGGCCUGCCGCCAGAUGCACAAACUCGAGCGACUUCUAAGAGCCUAUUACCUGUUAAGUCCAAAGAAGUUGAUGUUUCCAGACUUCAUUCAGGAGGUUCAGAGAAUGAUACAAAAAUCAUCAAACCAAGACGAGAGAAUGGGCAGGUGAAAGCUGCAGAGCCUGCCACCAGGAGGAACAUCAGAAAGAGCUACAAACCCCUGAGUAAACAGAAAUCAGAGGAAGAGCUCAAGGAUAAGAACCAGCUCUUAGAGGCCGUCAACAAGCAGUUGCACCAGAAGUUGACUGAAACUCAGGGAGAGCUGAAGGACCUGACUCAAAAAGUGGAGCUGCUAGAGAAGUUCCAGAACAACUGUUUGGCAAUCUUGGAGAGCAAGGGCCUCAACCCAGCCAAUCCUGGACCAGGCACCAUGAAUCCUUAGUCAUCUGAAGUCCAUGGCAGGCCUCCCCCUGAUUUACCAAAGGUACAGCCAUGUUCCAUUUCUUAGUCAAACUAGGCAGAUGUGGCUUUGGCCAUUUCCCUUUUUUCCUGUACCUCUGCCAAUUUCUUCACCAACCCCCCUACUCCUCAGCAUUGUUGAGGCUGUCCCGAGCCACCCAGUGAAGCCAAAGCAAUGCCCCACCCUAAUUUACAGGGCUAAAAUUCUUUGCCUUCUUGCGUAAACAUUCACACAGUUGGUUAUGUCCCAAAUAUUUUGAGAGGGAAACCCAGUUAAGUAAUUCUCACCAGUGAGAAGGCCUAAUAUUUUCUUCUGUCCAUUUUCAGGAUGUUUCUAACUUAAAAGAUUGUUUACCCAAGUGAAUUUGUAAUCAGCAUUUCUGCCCCCCCCCAAAUGUUCUACUUCCUUCUUGGAAGGAGAGGGUGGGAAGCUCAGCUGUUAAGAUCUUCGCUUCCUUGUCAUCUCUCCCUAGUUAACUCCUAGGAAUGGAACUAUCUCAGUUUUUACCAUGACUCAUCUUUCCUUGUGUAGCGACCCCUGUUCACUCGAAGUCCUGCCUCCCAAGGGGCCUUCUCAUCAGUUUUGCACCACCAUUUGAGCACUUUUGCCUUUUCUCUUGUUCCCUCUGACUUCUCCAUCUGCCUUUUGUAGACAUGGAGGUGUUCUGGGUGCUUACUCUGAUCUGGAUUCUGAAUAAAUUCAUAUAUUACGUGAAUUCAGUGUGAUCUGCACUCUCCAUUUUGCUGGAUGCUGUAGGGAACUUCAGCAUGACAUUCUUAGCCUCAAAGAUACUUACAGUCUAUCUGGUAAAACAGAACACACAGGUGUUAAACUAUACAAUUUCAAUAACAAACACAAUCAUCUUUUAAGCAGUGGGUUGUGCAAUAUAGCUGUGUACAAUAAUAGCUAACUGUGGGCUAGUUUGCUUGGGAAAGGCUUGAUGGAGGAGGUAGACUGAGGACUGAAGGAAGAGUAGUAUUUGGAGAGGCUAGCUAGAAGGUUGAGGACCUUCCAGGUUGGUGAACACGUGGAGAUUUGGGGAGAAUAGCACACUCAGGGCAUGGAAGCUUCAUGCCCUUCCCCUACACCUUGCCCCGUGCAUCGCUUCCGUCUGGUUGUUCUUGAGUUACAUCCUUUUAUAAUAAACCAGUAAUCUAGUAAAUAAAAUGUUUCUCUGAGUCUGUGAGCCACUCUAGCAAAUCAGUCAAACCCAAGGAGUGGAUCAUUGGAACUUCCAAGGAGAAAAUAAAAUUAUGAGACUGAAAAAAAAAAGUUGAAGGGAUAUCCAGGUGAGUCUUGGGGAACUGAGUAAGAACACUGAUUGGACAUGUUCAGAGUGUUCAAGUUGAGAUUUAACCGAGCACUUGCAAUAUGCUGCAGGUGAGGUUUAGGUACAUCCCUCCUUACAUACACUGAUGGAAUCCCCAUUAGUCACACAAGGUAAGCACUAUUACACCUUUUUAUAGCUGGUGAAAUAGGCUCAGAGGAACUAAGCUGAUCUGCCAAAAGUCAAACAAGCAAGUAUUGGUGAAAGACUGGAGUGAAGGAACAAUGGAGGUGAAAAGUACAUGGUGUUACUAAAAGUUUUGAAGAAACUUGAAUGGCAAGCUAGGAGGUAUAGAUUUUUUUCAUCUUAGGCCAAAGGUUUCCAAACUCAGUUCACAAUAGUCCCAGUGUCUCAAGUUAUGACGUACCAAAAGAAAUGCCAAAAAUUUCUAUUUUUAAGUAGUUAGAUCCAAACAAGUAAUUAUAUCCUAACAACUUAGUAGGUAUUUGAAAACAAGAAAUAACAUAAAUCUAAAAAUAUUUUUAUUUUAAUUUUAAAUAACUACAGUUAUUUACUAAUGGGAUGUUGGGCAUUGCUUAACUUCUCAAACCUUGGAAACAAUUUGGACACUACCUUGUUCCUUCUCUGUUUGACACUGAAAAGAACACAGUGUGAUCUAAUUGAAACUGACCUACUCCGAGCUAGUAGUUCACAUGUAGCCUAACAUGUCAGUGUCACUGUGAUUCCCCCUAAAAUUCUGGAAUAUCCCUUGGCACCCCUGUGAGCUUGCUGCCCAGGGGUACCUUGGCUCACAAUCUGGGAACCAUGAAUCUAGGAAGUAAGGAAUCACACAUUUUGAGCAGGCAAUCACCAUAAUGAAUGUUUUAGAAAAAUGAAUCUAGCAUUGUGUGAAAAAUGGAUGGCAGGAUUAAGAGAAUGGAGUCAAAGACAGGAAAACACAGGAAUCAAAUGUGUUAAGGAGCAUGACAACACAAGUAUAAAGAUUUGAAACACAAGAAAACUACAUAUACUCAUUGAUGGCAUAAGGGUGUGAAGGAGAGGAAUCUACAAAUGUAGAGGUUUUGAGCAAGGGUGACAAUAAGAAUUGGUUAUAAAAUUAGGCUGUUAAAACUUCAGCUUGCAGCCGAAUCCCAGCCUACCCACUAAAAACUGGUCUUUGGCAAAUUACUUCUCUCAGUCUAAUUUCUUACCUGUAAAAUGCCUGUCUUGCUGGGUUAUUGUAAGAGAGGAUUAUGCCUGGCAACUAACCCAGUGUCUGGCCCAGUUACUCAAAAUUCAGAAUGUCUCUUGGUAAAUGAUCGUCUUAAUCUUGCCAUUUGUGCUGUAGGGUUUGUUCUCUUCUGUCUCUUCCUGUCCUCUGCCUCUGCCUAUGUCCUUAGUGCCCUGUUUUUACUGUUGCUUGCAGUGGCAAGCUUCCCAUACUCAACUUCCCUCUUUGGGAAAACUCUCAAAUUACAACCACCUUAAAAAACAAAGCACACACUUUCAUCCCCUCUAGCUACCAUUCACCUUCUGUAUACAGUCAAAAUUCUCAAGAAGCCUUUUUUUUUCUCACUGUUCUCUUCCCCUACCAAUCUGGCUUAAAAAGAAAAACAAUGAAUAUAAGGUACCUAGAGUAGGCAAAUUCAGAAAGAGUAAAAAUUACCAUGGACAAGGAGGAGGAAGGAAGGGGGAGUUAUUAUUUAACAUGUACAGAGUUUCCGUUUGGUGUGAUGAAAAGGUUCUGGAAAUAGUAGUGAUGGGUCACAACAUUGUGAAUGCACUUAAUGCCACUGCAUUGUACACUUAAAUAUGGUUAAAAUGGCAAAAUUUAUGUAUAUUUUAUUAGAAUUUUAAAAUAAAAUGUCUUGGGGCAUAAUGAAGUGUACUAACCUUAAGUGUACAGGUCAAUAAACUACUGCUCUUCCCUCCAGGGAUGGGCAUCAUUCUGACAGAAAAUCACCAUCUAUGGGUAUUUUAUCUUUUUUUUUUUUUUUUCACU